AUGAUAUCUACCAUUCCUUCCAAUAUUAAUACAUCAACACCAUCCGUAGAAAAUACCACAACAACAACCUCCAUGAGCCUAGAGUUUAAUCCCACUAUUGCUUCCUCUGCUCAUAACAACAACUCUUCUAGGACACCAUCAUCUCCACCUCACAAACAAACACCUUCAUCACCUCUCUCCGCUACUAUUGAUAGCAAUGAUAAACCAACAACAACCGAAUCUACCCAGUUGGUUACAAACGAAUUGUCUGAACUAUUGCUAGGCAUCUACAUGAAGAAUGCAAUACAAAGCAGUGUAAAGAGGAAAGUAGAAGAGGUUGCUAUCGACAAGACAACAUCCAAUGCCCUGUCUUUUCACUACAAGAAAAGACAAGCAUUAGUGAGGACUGAUCUCGAGAAACCAAAAAGUAGUAGUGCUCCUACUCUUGCCAUGGCAUCUACUGCAACAACAGUUAUCGAAAGAACCACAAGUGUUCGAGACAGCAGCUGCUCUACUCCUGCUGAUUCUACCGAGAUUACCGUAAAAACAGCUGUAACUCCAUCUAUUCCUUCCAUCGCUUUAAAUAUUUCAACAACAGUUAUCGAAAACACCUCAUCCAACAUUUCUAAUGAAGAUCAUGUGAAGAACAAGUUGGACAACCAACAAUCCGCAUCAAUCACUUUUCCAACAUCUCAACAAAUGUCCAUUACAGAUAACAAUGAAACUGAUAGCGAAACAGAAGAAGAGAGAUUCACAAGAACAUUUAUGGAGGAUUAUGUGAAUGAUGAUUUAAUUGUGAAUAAGGAUGAAGAGACAAAUAUAGUGUCUGUGAACGUUAAAGAUUAUGUGAUGGAUCACUUUAGAAAAACAUUGUUAUUAGAAUGGGAUAAUUACAAGAGAUCCACUCAGUUUAAAUAUGAGUGGAUAGAAACACGUAUUAAGCAUCUACAACAAGAAUAUAAUUAUGUGUUGGAUUUGUUGCAUGAAAAGUAUAAUUUAAUACAAUCAAAUUCCACUCAGAGUAGUAGUGAUAACAUUUCUGAAACAUUCAAGUAUAAUCUCAAUUAUGGAGAUACAUUUAAACCAACUUCAUUGUUACAAGAGACUUUACUUUUGCCAUUUAAGAGAAAACAUGAUUUUCUUCAACAUCCAUUUUUUAGCAGUUUUGAAGAGUUAUUCAACAGAGAAUUAGAACACUUUAGACAAUUGAAAGAAAAACAAUCCGAUUUGGCAACUAUUUCAUCUCAUUGGUUAUCUGCAGUAGCUGGUGGAGCAUCUUCUGUUGUUAGACAACAACAAGUGACUACUACUACUACUAACGAUACUACAAGUGAAAGUGCUACACAUGGAGUAAGUGGUGAUGGCACUGUGAAUACGAGUGUGAGUAAUAACACCACCCAUACCAAUACCAAUACCAAUACCAACAAUACCAACAACAACAACACCAAUACCAACAAAACACUCUCUUCAUCCAUGGGUCCACUCUCACCAUCUUGUUCAUCUCUCUCAAUUAUUACUCUCAAUUUAAAUUGUCAUCCAGGAUCAUCACUACCCCUUACUUCUCCUCAAACUAAUAAGAUUAUGUAUCCAUUGCCAUAUAUUACCUCUGCUGAUAUUUUGGACUCUUUGCAAUUAAUCUAUAAUCCAUCUACAUCCUAUUCAAACUAUCCUUUACCUAGAAGAACAUAUCCUUUAUCCUUUUCUAAUAUUAUGAAUCAAUACAAUAAGAAGAAAAUUUCUAAAAGAGCAGGAUCGACUACAAGAAGAUCAGUUUCUAUUCAUCGAUCUGCUGGUUUUCGUAGAAGUAGAGGUGCUGAAGACAAUCCAACUGAAGAUAUUGUCAUUUUUGAUACUGGUGUUUCUAAUAUUAAGGACAUUAAAUAUAAGGAAAUUGUAACACCAUCCUUUAGAGUGUUGACCAAUGAAGAAUUAUCUCAAUUACCAACCAUCAAUGAGACAGAAGAAGAAGAAGAUAUUUCAGAUGCUAGAUAUUGUUAUUUACAUAUUGAUAGUGAAAUGCAAGAAAGACAAAAGUAUUAUCUUGCAUCACUUCCUGUAACAGAUAAAAAGAAGAAGAAGAGUCAGACAGACGAGGAAGAAGAGAUUCGUAAGACUAUGAACUAUCAAGUUCCAGAUUAUGAAACUAUUGUACAAGCAUUUGAGAAUUUCAAAGAAUAUUCUUCAGAAGAUCAUUUUCCAAAAGCACCCACCAACAAAUUUUCUGAACAUUUUACCUAUCUUGUUCCUAAAGAUCAAAUGAUUGCACAGACAAUGAGCAGUAGCAGUACUACCACUACCACUACCACCACCACCACCACUACCACUCAUACAUCUACUGCUGCUACUCCAACCUCUUCCAAAACCACACUCAUGAAUGCCAAAUUAGCAUACACUGCUCAAUCGAGUUUGACAUCUCCUCAAAAGAAACAAAAAGAUAAAAAGACAGCAGAUCAGAAUGUCAUACCAAGAUGGAAACUAAUUACUGUUGAAUCCUAUGUUCCUCAUCCAAUGGCUCCAUGUGAAGAUAAGAGAGGAAAUUGGGAAGAAUUGAAAUUUAAGAGUAGAGAGAGAAUGCAAAGUUUAUCACUUUCUGUUGAUACUCCAAUAUUGAAUCCAACAGCCAUGAUUGCACCAUCAAACAUGGAUGAUGAAAUCAAUUCAAGAAAAAGAAUGUCUCUGGUUGGACAAGCAUCCAUGUUGGAGGAUGAAAUGAUUGAAGUCAAUGAUAAUUAUGACUCUUUGUCACCUGUUCCAACUUUCAAUACUGUAGAGACGAUUAGAACUUAUGCUAGUUCAAAUAGAAAACGUAAAAAGCCACCAUCUAGUAUGGAUGAUGAUGAUACUCUUAUUGCACUCUCUGAGGAUGAAGAUGAUUCUAGAAAAAAGUCACUCAUUCAUGAUAGUGAUGAAGAUGCUGAUGAUGAAGAUUAUAUUGAAAGUAGAGACAGAAAGAAGAACAAAUCCAGUACAACAACAACAACAACGAGUGUUAGUUCUUCCUCAAGAGGAAAGAAGAGAGGUCCAGGAAGGCCAUCCAAGAAUGCAGCCAGUGAUUCUUCUGCAAGUUUCAUUGCUGAACAAGUGACUGAGACCAAGCUUGUACUCAAGUUAAAUGGAGGAGGUAGCAGUGUGAAUACAUCCUCCUCAGAAAAGAAACACUCAAGUAAUGGAAGGCAUAAAAAACAUCACAAAUAG